GUACUGUUUUGAUGUUACACCAACAUGUCCACGCGAGUAUGACAGUUGUGGAUCAGUGACCGCUGGGAUGGAAAUUUGUCAUUCAUGCAAUUUAAACGUCCGUGCCGCCGUAGAUGUAGCACCACAUUAAAAUAGAGGGUUUGGGGACAUUUUAAUCAAAAUCAUGGCUCGCGUUGUCAAAGUGUUUCGGACUCUGCGGAAUCACUGGAAGAAGUCCACGUUUGCUGUGUGCGUCCUGUCUUACGGGGGCCACUGGUUGUAUGGUAAACACUGUGACAAUGUUCUGCGGAGAGAGGCUUGUCUGGUGGCCAGGGAAUUUGGGCGUCAGCAGAUAGCCCCACAUGAACGCCUGAGGAAAGCAACAGUGAUCUUGAAUCCUGCAGCUUGCAGUGGGAAAGCCAACAACCUGUUUGAAAAGAAUGCUGCUCCUAUUUUACACCUGGCAGGUGUGGAGAUAACAAUAGUAAAGACAGAUUAUGAAGGCCAGGCGAAAAAACUAAUGGAGCUCAUGGAGCAGACAGACAUGCUGAUUGUGGCUGGAGGGGACGGCACCUUGCAGGAAGUCAUCACAGGCUUACUGCGAAGGCCAGAUCAGGGUACACUCAGUAACACGCCAAUUGGAUUCAUUCCACUCGGCUCCCACAAUUCCCUGAGUCCAAGUCUUCACCUCCUCAGUGACAACAAGGUCAAAGACAUUACAUCAGCAACUCUGUCCAUUCUGAAGGGAGAAACUGUACCCCUGGAUGUGCUACAAAUCAAAGGGGAGACCGAGCAGCCAGUCUUCGCCCUGAUGGGACUACGUUGGGGUGCAUUUAGAGAUGUGGCUGCAACAAUCAGCAAAUAUUGGUACCUUGGACCGCUGAAGACAAAAGCAGCACAUUGGUUUAGUACUCUUCGGGAGUGGCCCCUGGUCAGGGAAGUCUCAGUGUCCUACUCGGCUCCCAGCCUUCGACCCCCUGACCUGCCUGCUCACAAGCCUCCCAGACCCAACCUGCUCCACCGCAUCGCCCGCAGACUGAAAAACUACUGGAACCCUCCUGUUGAAGAGCCUCCAAAGGUGGAGGAGCCAGAGGAGUGGAAGGAGCAGAAGCUUUCAACAUUAGAGCUGUUUAUUCAAACGCACAACAAAAACCCAGUGAAAAGGCGCACAAAUGACUCCCUGAUGAUCUGUGCAGAACCAGACAACUUUACCGUGGGCGAGUUCAUCACUGUUGGAAAUAAAAAAGAAGAGGACCCCACUGUAUUCACUAAAAACUCAACGAAACUGGAAGCCAGUGCUUGCCGACUGCAGCUGCCAGAGGGCACCGGCGGCUUCUACAACAUUGACAACGAGGAGUAUGAGGCCAUGCCUGUGGAGGUAAGGUUGUUGCCACGGAAACUACGCUUCUACAUCAGUGCAGAGCGCCGAGAGCAGCUCCUCUCACAGAUGCAGUGAUGAAAAAAAAGAACAUUAAACCAGGAAGAAGACAAAAACUGAGAAAUACAAAAGCAAUGAAACAGACACCAUGAAACUCUGUCAUUAUGAAAACGGAUAUCUGCCUCGCCAGCAGUUUUAAAUGAUCAGGAAGUACUAUUGGUUUGAACAGUCUGUUUUAUUACAUGUAAACAAACAAUAAACUAUUCAGUUGAAGUUGUUAAGUUACUACAAUUAUGAGGAUUACAUUACAUGUCGAUUUAUAUGAAAGGACCAAGGCUUUGUUUCUUUAAGCCAGUAGCCCACGUACAGGUUGUCUUACAAAAGGACUUUGUUUAGUGAAUGGUUUCCUGUUGCCAUCACAUUUGAACUUGAUCAAUAAAAAUAAUCUCUGUCCAGUU